UAUAAAUUAAUUAUUUUAAUUUGUAAAAACAAAUUAUGGAAUUGAAAAACAUUGAGCAGCAGCCACAAUUGCAGAACGGCAACGGGACGGCGACGGAAAACAAUGAGAAGGGUGAACAAAAACCCACGGAAGGAGGGGAACGCACAAAUUGGGGCAAUGGCUUGGAAUUUCUGAUGUCCUGUAUAUCCGUUUCGGUGGGUUUGGGCAAUGUAUGGCGCUUUCCCUUUACGGCCUAUGAGAAUGGUGGCGGAGCAUUUCUAAUACCCUACAUAAUUGUUUUGUUUCUGAUCGGCAAACCUAUGUAUUACUUGGAAAUGAUUAUCGGACAAUUCACCAGUCAGGGCUCUGUGAAAAUCUGGUCAAUAUGCCCAUCAUUUUUGGGUGUUGGCUAUGGUCAGGCAUUUGCCACAGUUUGCAUCAUCAGUUACUAUUCAUCACUGUUGGCUCUAACCCUCUACUAUCUAUUUGUGUCCUUUCAAUCGGUAUUGCCGUGGUCCUAUUGCCGCGAUGAAUGGACAAAUUGUGUGAAUUCCAGACCGGAGGAUUAUUCGAGCACAAUGCUAGAAGCGGCCAGAAAUGCCACAUCCUCGUUGUUAAUAGGAAACGAAACCACUUCUCUAGCCGACAAUGACAGUGUUCAAUUGCAGAGUAGCUCCGAGUUGUAUUUUCUAAAUGUGGUCAUUAAAGAGAAGCUGGACAUAUCGGAUGGUGUGGGUGCUCCCGACUGGAAGCUAACUCUAGCUCUGUUAGUCUCCUGGAUUGUGACAUUUCUUGUGAUAAUGCGCGGCGUCAAGAGUUCCGGCAAGGCAGCCUACUUCCUAGCCAUCUUCCCCUAUGUGGUGCUCUUUGUACUCCUAGGCAGAGCCGUGACCCUCGAAGGGGCUGUCGAUGGCAUUAUAUUCUUUUUGCAACCACAAUGGGGAGAACUACUCAAUCCCACCGUGUGGAAGGAGGCGGUUGUGCAAUGUUUCUUUUCACUAGCCGUUAGCUGUGGACCCAUCAUUAUGUUUGCCUCAUACAAUCGUUUCGAUCACAGUAUCUACAGGGAUGCCAUGAUUGUGACCACUUUGGAUACAUUGACCAGUUUACUGGGCGGCAUCACAAUCUUUGCCAUUCUUGGCAAUCUAGCACAUAAUUUGCAAGUGGACAAUAUUCGUGAGGUGGUGCGCAGUGGCACAGGAUUGGCCUUCAUUUCGUAUCCCGAUGCUAUAUCGAAAUUUCAGGCUGUGCCUCAACUAUUCUCUGUGCUAUUCUUCUUUAUGCUUUUCGUAUUGGGCAUUGGGUCAAUUGUGGCCCUACAGAGCACCAUAGUGACAAUUAUCUGUGAUCAGUUUAAGAGUUGGAAAUAUUGGAAAGUGGCCCUGGUAACAUCCAUAUGCGGUUUUCUUUUAGGUUUGGUCUAUGUGACACCGGGUGGACAAUGGAUCUUAACUCUGGUUGAUUUCUAUGGUGGCACCUAUGUGGUCUUCAUUUUGGCCAUCUUUGAGCUGGCUGGCAUUGUUUGGAUAUAUGGUCUUCAGAACUUUUGCGAUGACAUCGAAUUCAUGUGCAACAAACGUGUUUCACUCUAUUGGCGUGUGUGUUGGUCCUUCUUUACGCCCGUAAUGAUGAUUAUUAUCUUUAUCUAUUCCAUGGCCACCAUUGAGCCGCUUAAAUAUAGUGAUUUAUAUUUCCCUCUGGCAGGCGAUAUUGCUGGUUGGAUAGUAUUUGCCAUAGGCACAGCCCAGUUUCCAUUGUGGGGCAUCUGGUACAUUUCGCAUCAUCGAAAUGGUAAUCUAUGGCAAUCAUUUGUCAGUUGCCUUAAGCCAAAUGAAAAUUGGGGACCAGCGAAUCCCGAAACGAAACAAGCUUGGUUGUUAUUCAAAAGCGAAAAGGCUCGCCAAAGGGCCAGCAAAACGCAGUCCAGUAAAAUGGGACAAUUUUGGCAGAAGGUUGGAAACUUCUGUGGCAGCAGUACCUAAAUUUCUAUAACUAAACUAAUUUGAGAUUAAAACCACCACCACCACCAACCACUAACAUUAACAUUUCGUAUUAUGUACAUAUGUAUGUAUGUACAUAGAAACCGACACAUCUAUUCUAUCCGAAUAUGUAUAAGUUCAAAAUUGAUCACAUAUCACAGCAACAAACCGGGACAAAACCAACCAAUUAUAUGAUAUGCGGUUCACAAAUUCGCCAGGAUUUAUAUAUAUAUAUUUUUUUUUGUUUCUUUCUUAUAU